AUGGGGAAUUCUGUGCCAGAUUGGGAAUAUCUACCAGAACUCUGCCUUCUUACUAUUCUUGAGAAAAUAGAUGAACCUAUCAGUCGGGUUCAAUUUAGUGUUGUUAGCAAAUAUUGGCAUUCACUGUUUAAUACUUUUCUCGACAUCAAGAGGCGAUCGUCCACAAAUCUAGUUCCAAUGCUGAUGAUUCCAUCCAAAAAGAGCGCCACAAAGCGAAAAAUAUACAGCAUACAAGCCAAAUCAAAAAUUGCUGAGAUUGAAUUUCCUAAGCCUUACACAUGGAGAUACUGUGGUUCUUGUUAUGGUUGGUUAGCCACAGUGGAUGAGAGCUUCAAUAUAACUCUUUCAAAUCCUUUUGAAAACCUUAGCAUUCAUCUUCCUCAGUUUGACAGCAUGGCAUAUGAUAGUGGACAUUACACAUAUAAAAUUUUAAAGGUUGUGUUAUCAGAUGAUCCCUUGUUGCAUCCAAAUAAUUUUGUAGUUGUCGUAAUUUAUAGUGUUUAUGGCAGAUUAGCCUUCUACAGACCUUGCCAAGAAAAUUGGAUAUACAUGGAUGUCGAUGAAGAUCAAUCUCUUUUCCUUGAUAUUCUUUUCCAUAAAGGUUUGGUUUAUGCUAUAGGGCACUACAACAAUCUUGUAUGGUUCGAUGUUAAUGGUGUAGAAGAUGAUGAAAGUUCAAAGUCACCAAAAUUGAACACACUCGUGCCAACAAUUCUAAGGCUUGAGAAUCAUUCAUUUAGAGUAUAUCUUGUUAAGUCAUCUAUGGGAAAUUUAUACUCCAUCCAUAAACAUUUAGAUUUUGAAGAGGUUGGUGAAAGAAGUGUUCAUUGGACAAAAAAAUUCACAGUUUUCAAGUUGAUUUUAGAUGAUGAAAACAGUAAAUUGUUAGAAAAGAAAGAGGUAGAGAGUAUAGAUGGAGAUAUAGUUUUUGUGGGUGAUAAUAGGACCUUAGCAGUUUCAGCUUUGGAUUUUCCCGAAGGCCAGCCUAAUUCUAUAUAUUUCACGGAUGAUUUUAUUGAUAGGGAUACAUAUGAGAUAUUGGGUCCUCGAGAUAUUGGUAUUUUUCAUUUGAAAGAUGGAAGCUUGGAAAAAUAUUAUCAAUUCAAAUCCUCGCACAAAGAUCUUUCUCCUUACAUUUGGAUCUCGCCCUCGAAAGAGUAUAAUUAG